AUUUUAAAAAAAGCGAUAAGACAACAAUAUAUUUUUUUCUGGAUUUUAAGUGUAAUGCUUGUGUCCCAGCAAAUCACUUGUAAUGUUUUGAUCCGCUGGCGUUCUAAUGUCAACGUUUCCUUUCCCUCGCCGUUCAACACAAUGUGGUCCGGUUGUGUCAAGUGAAAACUCUCAGCGCAUCUUUUGUCCCAAAGACAAAGAAUUUCUCAAAAGAAAGUCUUGAGCUGGGCUUCAUUAGGCGAGGCCUCCUCCCGUGGGCCGUGAAUGAAAUUGACAUUUAAUACAAUUAGUUGAGCAGAAAACAGCUGCCAAUCACUCUUAAAGAGGACGGAUUCCAAUUAAUAAACCCUCCUCGUAAUCCUCUUGUUUCACCUCCCACCAGCCUUGUCCACUUCUCCCUCUCGCCUCCUCCCGCCUCUCGUUUGCGCUCCUCUCCGCAGUGCACGCUAGCUGAACUCCACUGACAAAACUUUCUUCACCCACAACUGCGAGCGUCUGGCUGCGCUGUUUUGUAUGUUACAUGUAUACUUUUUUUUCUUUCCCCCAAAGAGAUGCGCUGUGAACACAAGCUGCAGAGUGAGGGCGCCCAGUGGAUCCCGGAGGAGUAAAUGUGAAGAGUAGGAGCACCAGUAACUGAGCAACACGCUUAAUCGUAACAGCAGGCCUCCUCCCCUCUGGACGCAGGAGCCGCUGAGGGGCCCCACACGCUCGGAUGCAUUUAUCACUGGAUACCAUGAGCAUGGUGGACGACAGCUGCCUCUCGCCCAGCAACUUCCACGACCUGGCCAAGGGCGGAGGCGUCACGGUGGGGGGGCACGUCCACAGCAUCGACGUCAUUCUGGGAUUCAGUAAAGACCAGGAUUCCCUGCUCGGCCCCGUCGGGGUGCCGGGACCUCAGAAGGUGGGCAUCGAGGGCUUGGCGGAUUCCGGAAAGCAGCACGAGUCUCACCCGUCCUACAGUGGCCACCUUGAACCCCUGCAAGAUGAUAACUCGGACCAGCAGCACCAAUAUCAGGAUGCCGACCUGUUUACCAACAAGUGCGAGGAGGAACUGAGGAAGAGCAUUGAGAGCGAUGAAUGCAAGUCACCCGAGCCGGACAAGGACGAUCAGCCCAAGAAGAAGCACAGACGCAACCGCACCACCUUCACCACCUACCAGCUGCACGAGCUGGAGCGUGCCUUCGAGAAGUCUCACUACCCUGACGUGUAUAGCCGCGAGGAGCUGGCCAUGAAGGUCAACCUCCCUGAAGUCAGAGUUCAGGUGUGGUUUCAGAACCGAAGAGCUAAAUGGAGGCGUCAGGAGAAAAUGGACGCCAGCACCAUGAAGCUCCACGACCCGCCGAUGCUGUCCUUCAAUCGAGCGGCGCCGGUCCACUCCACCAUGGGACCCAUGAGCAACUCCCUCCCCUUGGACCCGUGGCUGACCUCCCCCUUGUCCAGCGCCACGCCGGUCCACAGCAUCCCGGGCUUCAUGGGCCCGGCUCAAGGCCUCCAGCCCAACUACCCGGCCCACGGUUUCCUCAACUCCAGCCCUCAUCCGUCCAUGGGUCAGGGAAUGCAGAGUAUGGCGGCGCCUCCCCCUUACCAGUGUCCGGCGCCAUACCCCGACAAGUUUCCGCUGGAGGACAUGGACCAGCGCAGCUCGAGUAUCGCUGCACUGAGGAUGAAAGCCAAGGAACACAUCCAGUCCAUGGAUAAAACCUGGCUACCCAUGUGACUAACAACAGGGAGUGACACUGAGUGGCUCCUCAGAGUGCUGACAUGAUCGCACGAUGGCAGGGACCUUACCCACAAUGCAAAGGAAAAAGAUUUGAAACUGGGGAUAUAGGGACUUUCUUUUUACGUUUUAAUUCUUUUUCUUUUUUUACAUCUCAAGGACAUAAAGUGGAUGAGUGAUGUGUUCUCAAACUGCCCUUUUUGAUUGUGAGGCCAUAUUUUCCAUGGCCAUGAGUCCAUCAUUAUAAGUCAAUUGAAUUGGUUAUUAGAUUGUACUUUCUGCUGGUUGCUUCUUACUUUUAUCCCCUUGCUUUCCUUUCUCCCUUUUUUUUUGAUAAAUAGAAUCCAAUUUCCAAUUUGUUAAUGGUCGAAUCGGAGUUUGAAGUGCAAAUGAGUAUUAGGGCAACAAUGAGAAGACGAGUUCUGUCGGAGAAUUUCGAUAUUGAAUCUUCCAAAAAA